CACGCCUCCUGCCCCUAUUUCAGCCUCCCUUAUCACCUUGGCCCGCCAAGCACGAAUAUUAUGUCUCAUUUCAGUAAGCUACGCGAGAAAGGCCAAGAAAUUGCACAGCUAGACAACAAGGAGGCUUCCGAUGGAUUGACGGAGGGUAUGAUCUCGAUUUGGUAUCCGUAGCUGACUAACUUCGUGUUGGACAGCAGCUCUUGGCUCAUCUCUGUGUUCCCUUCAUCCAGUACUACCUUGGCUAUUUUACCGAAGAGCAAAAGAUAACGACCUUGGUGCAUAAAACCAAGUGAUUGAAGAAAUGCCGGACACAGCGCCAAGAAUCAUCAGCUCCCUGGCGGACCUGAGCGACGCCCAGGUCGCCCAGCUGGCGUCCAGGUGCGGCGGCAUGGAGCCGGGGCGCGUCGAGGACGUCUACAGCUGCACGCCCAUGCAGCUGGACAUGAUACGUGAGGACCGCGCUGAGGCGCUGCACUUCAUCCUACAUUCCGGGCCCGAGGGCGACAUCGACCGCUUCUGCGCUGCGACCCGGGACGUCGCCGCCGCCAACCCCGUGCUGCGCACCCGCCUCGCGCUCCUAGACGGCGACGGCGGCGACGGGGGUCCCCAGAUCGUCCAGGUCGUGCUGAAAGGGGAGCACGUGACGACCCGUCGGGCCGCCGACCGAGGCAAGUCCGAAGAGGAGGAGGUUCGUCUGUAUCUCGAAGACAGCGACGCCGAGCCCAUGGGCCUCGGCCGGUCGCUGUUCCGCACCGUCUUCAUCGGCCGGACCUUCAUCGCCUCGGUCCACCACGCCGUGAUAGACUACUGGUCCAUCAUGACGCUGCUGACCGUGGACAUACAUUCCGUCUACUUGGAGCAGGGCAUCGUGGCCAGGCCUCCCUUCAAGAGCUUCGCGGCCCGGAGCCUUGCCCUCGACGAGCCCGCCGCCCGUUCGUUCUGGGCCGGCCGCUUCCAAGGCACAGCUGCCGUCUUCCCGCCGCCAGCUGCGACGGCACGCCAACACCGCCGACGGCCCCGCAUCGUCGCCGAGCCGGAGCGCCAUAUCCCGCUCCCGCGCGUGGCCGACGGCACGGUCCCGCAGUCGCACGUGCCCUUCUUCGUCGAGGCCGCCUGGGCCCUGACGGCCUCGGCUCUUUCCGGCUCCGAGUCGGUGGCCUACGGCUGCGUGCUCUCGGGCCGCUCCCCACCACUCCCAGGCGGCCUCGAGGCGACGCUGGGCCCCGCGCUCGCCGAGGUGCCCGUCCAGGCCGUCCUGCCGCGCCGCGCCACGACGGUCGGCCGUCUGGUCCGCGACCGCGCCGCCGCCCUGCGCGAGCU